AUGAACGCGUCCGUGAUAGCUAGUUUUCGCAAGAAUGUGGUGCAGAAGCCAGAGGUGUUUUUCACGCCGUCGGAAGAAGUUGCCAGGGAGAUUAAAGCAUUUGUCAAGCAUGCAUAUGACCAUACGUCCAAGUAUCAGAGCAAGGAGAGUGACGCACAGCCGUUGGAAGAGCUCUAUGUCGACGAAUUCGAUGCGAACCAGGUCUGGGAGCAACUUCGCUUGCUUAACGGUCCGUUGGUGACUGAAAUGACGCAGCGCAUCCGCACGUUCAGCAAGAACCCCGACAAUAUUCUUCUCUUUCCGUCAAAAAAGCAGGAGGAGAGUGAAGAGGGGGAGGAACGAAACAAUGAUGCCGAAAGCGACGAGAAGGAGAAGGACUCGGACGAGGACCGAAGCGAUGAGGAGGAUCAAUCGGAUGCUAGCAGUGUUGAAUCCGAUAAAGGGAAGAAAGAUGUGGAGAAUAAUAAUAAGAAGAAGAGCAAGAAAGCUCGUGAUGUUGCGGAGGAUGGAUUCUUUGAUUGGGACGAAAUGGACAAGGCGGCUGAAGACGAGGAGGAUGACGAUGAUGAGGAUAUGGAUGGAGAUGGAGAUGAUGACAAUGACGAUGACGAUACAGAUGACUCAGAGAUGGAGGAAGGGCUGGAUGCUGGAGGUGCGGAGAUAAAAUACGAUGACUUUUUCAGUGACGAGGCUGAAGAAGAAGAAGAUGGAGAGGGUGACAAAGAUGAGGAAGAGGAAAAUUUAAACGAUUGUGAGAUACAGAACGACAACAACAACAAAGAGGAAUAUCCGACAAUUAACCGCACGAAGCCUGAUGAGGUCGACAAUGUCGAUGCCGAAAAGGCUGACGAGCGUGGCAUCAUGUCGUCGUAUCAGCGUCAGCGCCAGCGCCUUCAGAAGGAGAUUAAAGAACUAGAACGAGAAGCCGUUAGCGAGAAGCCGUGGCUGCUGAAGGGUGAGGUGCGUUCGGCUGCUCGACCGGAAAAUAGUUUGCUAGAAGCGGUGCUGGACUACGACAUACCAGUAAAGAUAGCUCCUGUGAUCACGGAGGAGGUUUCUAUUGCGCUUGAGAAAAUGGUCAAGAAACGUAUUCUAGAGAAUGACUUUGAUGAUGUAAUCCGCAAGUUUGCUGGUAACGAGGAGGAUGAGAAGAAAAAGCUGGAAGAGGUGUCAAUGGAAAAGUCCAAGGAAGGCCUGGGCGAGAUCUAUGAGAAGGAGUACAUGAAGACCGCAAUGGGCUUUGAGGCUGAUGACGAGUCCAAACAGGACCAGGAAGAGAUUGACGUGAUGUUCAAAAGCCUAUGCUGGAAGCUUGACGCGCUGUCGAAUUACCACUUUACGCCCAAGCCGGCCGUGAAGGAGCUGCAAGUAAAGCCUGCAGUGCCUGCGAUCGCAAUGGAGGAAGUAGUUCCUAUCAGCGUGAGCGACGCAAACUUGAAGGCACCGGAGGAGGUUUACGAGAAGAAGCGCAAGCGCGGUGAGGCUGUCCUGCAAUCUAAGGACGAGAUGACUCAAACUGAGCGCAAGGCGCUACGCAACGCCAAGAAGCACGCACGGAGAAAGGAGAAGCGCCAGCACGAGUUUGACGAGCGGCUAGUGGCAAAGCUUAAUCCCGGCCUGGGCAACAAAUACGAGAAGAAGAAGAUGCUUGAGAGCAUUGCCAGCGCCAAGAACAUUACGACGGGCAAACAGAUCGAGGGCUCGUCAAAGCAGUUUUCCAAUUCGAAGGAAUUCUUUUCACGUUUGCAGAACGAGGUGCAGGAAAAAAUCAGGAGUGCAAGCAGCGGUAAAAAGUAG